UGAGGGGUGCAGAAGCAACUGCAAAUGGGGGGACUGGUGGCAGAGAUGUAGGCAAAUAGGCAAAUACCAACAAGGGAGGCAGACAGGCCAGGGAUUGGGCAGAGCCGGGCGAGUUGGAUAGGUCCCGGGCCGCAGACCUGGUACAACCAAAAAGCAAAACAGUGGCAACUGCUGGGCCGCCUCCCAGGAGAGUGGAUAUAUCCUCUGACUGGUGCCUCUCCUUGUCCCAGUGGAGACAUUCCCUGACUCACCUAUUCUGAGUCCACCACUGUGUCUCCCAGAUGCCUGCGACUCCCCAGCAGCCCUCGGGGCACGAGGAGGGGCUCCCCGAGCCUACAGCGGAGGCAGCAAUGUGGCUAGCGAUCCCCUGCGGCCCUUGUAUCCCCAUCAUGUUGGGCCUGGCCUCCCUCACAGCCUUCUUCAUCAUAACUACUGCUGUACUGGCCGAACGCCUGUUCCGCCGCCCGCAACCAGACCCCAGCCAGCGUGCACCCACCCUCGUCUGGCGCCCUGGAGGAGAGCUGUGGAUCGAGCCCACGAGCAGCGCCCGGGAACGCUUCGAGGACUGGUACGGCUCCUCCAUGCCUCUGCUGAUGGACAGGGCUCCAGAUCCCCCAACCCCCGGGGGCACCUUGGAGGGCAGAGCAACUGCUCCACCAGUCGCUUCACUGCCACACGCUUCGCCCUGCUCUUUAGUCCCUCAGACUCCACCAGAAGUCCCAGCCCAGAGCACCUUCUGGAGGCCUCAGACCCAAGAGGAGAGGCCGCAUGACACAGGCCCGGUGAGCUGGGUUGGGCCUGAGCCGAUGCCAGAGGCUGGCUUGCAGGUUGGGAGCCCCAGGGCUUGGAGGCUGAGGCAAGGGAGCCUUGAGGCUGAGUGGGGUCUCCAGCCCCGGGUCACCCUGGAACAGAUCUCGGCGUUCUGGAAGAGGGAAGGCCGGACCAGUGUGGGUUUCUGAAUCUUCAGAACCUGUAAGACUAACUCCCACCUCUGAGGGGCUACGGGGGUCAGCUCCAGCCUUAGGCCUGACCCUUGCGCUGGAUAGGACCUUUUGUGUGGAAAUUUCUGUCUUCUGCACCUGGCUGGUGGACAGGCUAAGAGUAUGGACAGCCUGCACUCCAAGGCUUGCCUGAAGUUCGGCUUAGGUUAAAAUGCCUAGACUCUGAGAAUUGAAGGCAAGGCUAGUUGGCUAUAGGCCAGAAGGCUUCAAGAUGGCACGUCAGGGUACAAACUUACCUACGACAGCCUAUCAAAAUAAAGAGGCCCUGUAUGGGAUGCUGACCAACAGCCCAGAGCUGGUAGUUAUGAGCGUCAGUCACGUGGGCAGGAGAUGGCAGGAAUCUUACUCUCCAGAGCCACAAACCCUAUCUGUGCCCAGCCACUCUCUCCCGCCACUGUGAGGCCCUCCAGCAAAACACAGAAGACAAACCCAGGAGGAAUCUUUGAUUCCAUACAAAUCAUGGCUUUGGCCACACGCAAUUUGCUGAGCCGAGCUGGAGAGACUGUCUCUUGCCUGGAGUUGGGAUAUAGACUCAAAAAGGAUCAGUAGGCACCUCUGCCCUUUGACGUAUGGCGUCACACAUCCUACAGUGCAGUUUUAUUAUUCCAUGUUAAGAAAAGCCUGGCCUAACGAGACCUGAGUGUGUUCCAGUACGGGAAAGAAGCUUGUCCCCGAGAAGGCACGCUCUCCAAACAGAGCCUUUGCCGUCUUAUCUGCAGCGUGCUGGAGUGGUCCAGAGGGGCAGGUUUGCUGUGAGGCAGACUUACUUAUAGAGAUUCUUGCCAUAGACGUGGAGUCCCAAAUAUCUGUAUGGCACCAGCUGACUUCUUUAGGAGAGGGGUUCGCAGUGGGGAAAAGCACUGGGCCCUUCAGUCCCUGGAAAUCUGAGUUCCCAAACUUCAGUCAAAAGUAUGAAGGUUUUCAUAUCAGUUUACCUUUUGUUUUAUUAUUUGCUAAAUAAAUUUGCUUUAAAGUAAA